AUGAUGAACCCGACUUUCCUGGACUACCGCAUGCCCACAUCACUGGACCUGCCGAUGAUCGACACGGUCAUCGUCGAGGUCGCCAACGCCGGCCAUCCCUACGGAGUGCGUGGCGUGGGCGAGGUGCCCAUCGUGCCUCCCAUGGCCGCCGUUGCCAACGGCAUUCACGGGGCCACCGGUCUCCGCCUCCGCAGCCUGCCCAUGACUCCGGGCAAAGUCCUAGAAGCAGAGUGGGAGCGGAACGGGGACUAACCCCCGGCCCUGGUAGCGUUCCCAUUCAGGUGAUUGCCAAUA